AAACAGAAAUAAUACAAAUAAAUAUUUAAACACUAUUGUUCUAAAUUCAGGAAGGAGAAAGCAGACGAUAUGGAGAAGACUGACGACAUAGUUUCUUCGCCAUCGAUUGAUCCUAAUGACCGGUCCUCAACUGAAUUGGAAAAGGAUGAUUCUGAAAUACUUCUCAUUCAACCAUUCAACGUAAUUCCUAUUCCAGAUUCAGAGUUUCUGCAUGAAUCCAUAGCAAACUGCAAUAAGCCAAUUUGCGAUGAUGCUGAUCUCGAAUGCAUCCUAAACAUGGUCAAUGGCACCAUUUGCGAGGCUCGGGCCGUUAUACAAUCCGAUCCUCGUGGAUUAUUUUGCUACAAGUGCCCGAAAGAAUAUAGCCAUCUUGGCAGUAAAAAAUCGCGGCACACUUUUGAAUCGCCUUUAGAAAGAAGUGAAUACUCUGAAGCAAGCGAAACCAUACGCCAUUGGCUGACAAUUGGUGAUUUUGAGUAUAGUAACAUGAUUCCAUUGGUUCGUGAUUUUAUAGCCAAGUGGCAACUAUCGCCGGAAACCAAAUGUGUCGUCCUCACCAAUACCAAACGUCAUGAUGUGCCCCUCAAGGGAUCCAUCUACUUUAUCGAUGCUCACUUCUCGCGACCCACGCCACGUUGUCCUAAUCCGUUGGCCGUUGCCAAGGUGCGAUUUAUUGUCACCGUCUCAAGUGUGCUGCGAGACCAUUAUCCCGUCAUGGUUACCUAUCGGUUUGAAGGCUAUCGGACAUUAUAUUAUGCGCUGGGCUGUCGUGCGAUUAACUCAAGGACAUUUCAGCGGUUUUACAUUGAUACAAUUCUGCACACUAAAUUGAGUUUCUUUGCGGAAAUCUGCGAGAGUCGUCACGGCACUAUAGCUGCACCCAAGGCUAUGCCCAAUCCUAAGUCUAUGCAAUAAGUGUGUGUACAUUGC